AUGGAGUUGGGUCUGGCAGCCAUGCUAUCCAUGUACACCAUCCUGGGAGUCGUGAUCCUUUCACUGGACUUCCUGUUUCUGCUCUUCACCAUCCAGAGGUCUCUCUACUUCUUUGGAAAGGGCAUGAGAAGGAAGCCUGAGAACAUAAGAGUCAGGCUGGUGUCCAGGGGCCAAAGUGAGGUUGAUCUUUACCUAAUAGACCAAAUGUCCUCCACAGAUAUCAUCUACCUUCCAGGGAACUUUGUGGUCACAAGGGAGCAUAUAGAGUUCUGUAAAUACCUGUCCAAAGCCCUUAGGUGCAAUACAGUCUCCAUGAUAUACCGUGGAAUAGCAGGAAAUCCGCAUGUGCCCUCGGAAAGGGGCAUAGUCGAGGAUGUGUCCACAGCCUCUGAAUGGCUGUCGAGGAGAAGCACCAGGAAAGUAGUGGUGGGAUUUUCCAUAGGUGCAGCCGUGGGUAUUCGCUUGGCAGGUAUGUGCCGUGUUGACGCCCUGGUUCUGGUGAAUCCGUUCAUAUCGCUAAGAGAGGUGGUCAGCAGCAUUCCGCUCGGGAGGGUGCUAAAGCAUCUUGUGGUGGAUGAGUGGAGCAACAUGAACGGUGUGAAGGACAUUGAUGUCCCUGUCUACUUUGUUGUCUCCUCUGACGAUGAAAUAGUCCCAGAAUCCCAUGCGGAUGCACUUAUCAAGAGGACAAGACACCCAAGGAAGAUUGUGAUUCGCAACGCAGAUCACAAUGAGCCCAUGAGAAACUUCAUGGUGCAUGUACUUCCGGUUGUAAGCGAAGCCCUGGUAGAUGGGCGCCAGCUGGAUGAUAAGGAAUGA